AUGGCUCACAAACAGAAACCUACCCAGCCUAAUCUACGAGACCCGGCACAUAGCGGCAGCUUCAACGCCUGGCUACUCGGAAGUAGCAUUGCGUCGUUGGCAUCAGCAAUUCAUUUGAUUCGGGAUUCAAAUGUUCCCGCCGCCUGUAUUCACCUUGUAGAGUCCCGCAGAGACUCUGGAGCUGACCUUGCUGUCGUGGGUGAUCCCAAGAGCGGAUAUGAUCAUCGAGCUGCAUGCAUGCCAAUUUUGAGCGAUACCUGCAUCAAAGAAAUUUUUACCUCAGUGCCCUCGACGACAGAUUCAGGGAAGACUGUCAUGGAUAAUAUUGAAAAAGCCAAAAAAGGCCAAGCUCCCACAUGCCUCUUCAUCCAAGGUGGCCAUGACCUGGAGAUGAUAGACAACAGCAAGUUCAGCGUCGGCUUGAAAGUUCGGGCACAGUUGGUGGUUUUCAUGAUGAAGCCUGAGAAGAGCCUGAGUAGGAGGGAAAUUAAGCAUUUUUUUGAAAAACGCUUUUUUGACAGCAAAUUUUGGGCUAUCUGGUCUUCUAUCUUCAGCUUCUGUCCUUGGCAUAGUGCUUUGGAGUUCCGUCGAUGCCUUCGCAGGUACUUUCGUCAAUUCCAAUCUCUAAACACCUUCGCCAUGCUCGAUCGCUGCCGAUACUGUCCAUAUGAAGACAUCAUUGGGCCGCUGACCCGUUUCCUCCAGAAUCAAGGGGUGGAUUUUCGAUUCAAUAGCAAAGUCACUGACAUGACCGUGGAUUCGGGUCAAGACAAUGGCGCGGUUUCGGGAUUCAAAUUCAUACAGAACGGAUCCGAGAGUAUUGUCAGCGUCAGCCCUCGCGACAUCAUUAUCAUGUCCCCUGGAUCAGUCAUGUCCGGAUCCACUGGAGGUACCAACUCAAUACCACCUUCAUUAGAAUUGCUGGACGUAGAGGACAAGCUCGAUGAGAAUUGGUCGCUCUGGCUGGGAGUAAGCCCGAAUCUCGGUGAUCCAUACAACUUUUGCACCCGCAUCAGUGAAUCCAGGUUGGAAUCUUUCACAAUCACAAUCAAAGAUAUCGGAUUUUCAAGCCUGCUCCAGGUGUUGACGCAUAGCAAGGGGAGUUCAUCGUCUUUAGUCUCACUUCGGCAUAGCAAUUGGUUCCUCUGUCUAUAUAUCCCGCAUCAACCUUUUUUUCCGCAUCAGCCCAACGAUGUACAGGUUUUGUGGGGCUAUGGCUCGUUCCCUGAGCGCGAAGGAAAUUUCGUCAGAAAGCCGAUGCUCCGCUGCUCUGGGAGAGAGAUCAUGAUUGAAUUGCUACAACACCUCGACGUCCCUUUGGAACACCCCAUUCUCAAUAAUUCAAUCACCAUCCCGCGGCUGAUGCCAAGAUUAACAGCACCUUUGCUAUCUCGAAACUACAGUGAUCGCCCCGGCAUAAUAUCGGAGAGCAUGGCCAACCUUGCAGUGGUUGGGCAAUUUGUGGAGAUGCCAGACGAGUCAUGUGCGACUAUGGAUUACAGUGUGCGAGGAGCCCAGGCUGCUGUAUAUCACCUGAUGGGUCUUCAAAAGGAGCCAAGGAAAUCAGAACAAAGCUCGAUCCCUAAUAUCCUGGGCUUCUAA